GCACUCGCAAUAAAAGUAACAAAUACAACUUUAGUAAGAAGAACUUAAGAAGCAAUAACAGCCAAGAAGCAAAGGAAUAUCUCUUUCACUCUUCUGUUUGGUGUUUAAUCCUCUGGACACAGGACUUUGUUGAAUCUUCUCACGGGACUCUCUUAAAUCUUCGUCCAGUCAAAGCGUCUUUUUCCGCUCGGCGCGCGCUUUAUGUAUCUGGAUUUAUCUUUCCCUCCGCGCACUUCUACUAUGGUCAUAAUGGAGGUCCCGACUCUCGACUGUGCGUCUCUGCGCGUCUUUCUGGACGCCGCCGUCCCGAGCUGCCUCGUGCUCGACUGUCGCUCGUUCAUCUCGUUUAACGCGUCCCACAUCGCGGGCUCCAGUAACGUGCGCUUCAGCACCAUCGUCCGCAGGAGGGCGAGGGGAGGCCUGGGACUAGAACACAUUGUGCCCAACGAGGACACGAGGAGCCGGCUCCUGUCCGGAGACUUCCAGUGUGUGGUGCUGCUGGACGACAGGAGUCAGGACUUAAGCCAGGCCAAGAAGGACGGGACCCUCAUGGUGGCAGUCACAGCCCUGUGCCGCGACCCGUGUGGAGCCCGGGUCUUUAUUCUCAAAGGUGGAUUUGACGCCUUCUCCACAGAAUAUCCAGAGAUGUGCACAAAACCCACACCUCCACAGGGGCUCAGCCUCCCCCUGAGCUCCAGCCACCCAGAGAGUGCAGGACCAGGCUGCAGUCCAUGCAACACCCCCCUUUAUGACCAGGGUGGUCCUGUGGAGAUCCUGCCCUUCUUGUACCUUGGCAGUGCCUACCACGCUUCCAGAAAAGACAUGCUGGACAUGCUGGGCAUCACUGCUCUUAUCAAUGUUUCUGCCAACUGCCCAAACCACUUUGAAGACUCGUAUCAGUACAAAAGUAUCCCUGUGGAGGACAACCACAAAGCCGAUAUCAGCUCCUGGUUCAACGAGGCCAUAGAGUUUAUCGACUCGGUCAGAAAUAAGGGAGGACGUGUGUUUGUGCACUGUCAGGCCGGGAUCUCCCGCUCCGCGACCAUCUGCCUGGCGUACCUGAUGCGGACCAACCGCGUGAGGCUGGACGAGGCCUUCGAGUUUGUCAAACAGCGGCGCAGCAUCAUCUCCCCAAACUUCAGCUUCAUGGGUCAGCUGCUUCAGUUCGAGUCCCAGGUCCUGGCGACGUCCAGCUGCUCCACGGAGGCGGGCAGCCCGGCCCUCGGCAACACCAGCACUGUCUUCAACUUCCCCGUGUCCAUCCCCGUCCACUCCUCAGCCGGACAGCGCUCGUUCCUCCACAGCCCCAUCACCACCUCGCCCACCUGCUGAGACAAACUGACUGUUAGAACGGACUCGUGUGCUGCUCUGAGCUUUAGUGACACUGGUGUGGAGCGGUUCUUCUGACUGGCCAAGUCUUUUGGCUGUACAUAGGCCUUAAUAUUUCAAUGGGAGAUUUGAUGUCGACCGUCAGGCAGUAUUUGUUUAACCCCCUGUAAUAAUGUGAGUCGUACUUCACAGUGAUAACAAGGGAAAUGGCUGAAAGUAACUCACAGUUUGCCUUUUCUUGCAUUUGCCUUUAGAUAAUCAUUUUUAAUCAUUUCUUCUACAAAUGUGUCUCAGGAAUAUCUGUUUUUCUUGGUCAAAUCUUUGGUCCUUUGUGGUAAAAGUAGCACACAAAUCUUUUACCCAGUUUGGACAGCUGAAGUGACUUUUUGACAAACGAUGAAUGUAUCCCCCCCCCGUGUUUGUUCUUGUUGAUGUGGCACUUGAAUAUUAGGUCAACGCUCUCCCAUUAUCACACGCCUUUGACGUCAUGUCCCCUAGCCAAGCUAAAACUGACAUGUUGAGGAAAACUGACCAAUGAAUACCUCAUGUUUGUACUGUGUACUGCAGCGCUGACACAGUAAACCCCAGAGACACUUAAAAGGGGUGGAGUCGCUGCAAACUGACAUAUUUAUUUAAGUAAAGUAAUAUAUUUCGUAAUCUAUUUUUGCAUAUGUUUGUUUUUAUACCGUUGAAUAAAAGAAAUUUUGUACUGAAAAA